UCAUCUUGGAAGGUGGGGAAUUGUCAUAUACCUCCUGUUAUAAAGGAUUGAUUGAGUUAGUACAUGCAACAUUAUACAUUGUAGAUUUCAACAACAGUAACUGUUGAGCACUAGAGUUUCAACUGCUGUGGCUUCCUUCACUUAAUCAGCCAAGAUGAAUAAUACUCAAGCUCAACGGCCAUCACUGAAGAAACAGGUCUCGCUGGAAAUCUGUGGUGCAGAGACAGAGGGCCAUCUAUUAGCGAAUGGCCAAGAUAAGCAAGACAUCUGUAAGGAGACAGAGAAGAACCAAACCAUAAAUGGAGGUCAACUAACUCCACCACGGGCCCCAGGCCCCUAUCUCCCAGGCAUGGGAUCAAUGACUGUGUAUGGGAGUCCUCCCCCUGUGUCUCCAGCUUUGGAUCGCUGGAUCCGGCAGCGAGCUCGAGACCUGACUCUGCGAAGGGUGGACACCCAGCGGGCUUCUAAAGUGGUGAACAAUUUCAGAGACGGACUCGUGGAGUUCCUCAAAAACAACCAGGAGAUGCCUUACUUCCGACAGGCCAAAGUCCUCAACAGUGGCAGUUACUUUGAGAUGGUUAAGAUUAACAGCCCGAAUGAGUUUGACCUGAUGCUGAUUUUGCCGACACCAAGGUUGAAUAUGGCUGAGCUGGAGGAGUUUCCUGGCAUAUUCUACAUACUCUCUCUCUGUCGGCAAGUUCGCACAAAUGAGAUACGCUCCUACCUGGUGAAGAACCAACUGACCAUCUCUGCAGCAAAGAUCCGUGCAGACAUGCGAGACCUUGUUUGCGAAUUUAUCAGCACAUAUGAAGUGCCAUCUGUGGAUAGCGAAUGGAAGCUGUGUGCAGAGGAUGCUAACUCCCCUGCCGUGACCCUGGAGUUGUGGAGGAAGGAUUGUGCCGAGGCUGACAUGUCCAUAGAUGUCGUACCAGCACUGGAGGUCUCCUCCCAGGGCUUGCCAGCCGCAGCGCGUGCAGGACCGAACGUGGAGAACUGGCUGGGGAAGAAAGACCGUCGCAAACUCAUUAGUGCGGGUUUCUAUUUCGUGCCAAAGAUGCCCAAAGGAAAUAACCUCAGUGACAUGGCCAAAGAGAGCUGGCGGAUCUCAUUUUCACACUCUGAGAAGGAAAUUAUUAGGAACCAUGGGAAUAGACGUACCUGCUGUGAGGGACAAUCUAACCGCUGUUGCCGAAAAACCUGCCUUCGUCUGCUGAAGCGGCUGAUUGAGGGUCUAAAGCAGCGUUAUCCUGAAGAGUUGGACCCACUGUGCUCCUACCAUGGAAAGACCAUCUUCUUCCAUGUUUUAUCUCGGCGUGGGGACGAUUCACAGUGGAAUGUGGGGGACCUGUCUAAGUGCUUUCUAAUUCUCCUGAGUGCAUUUGAAGGUCACGCCCAAAGUGGAAAUCUCCCACAUUUCUUUGUGCCAAGUCAUAAUCUCUUUGCUCCUCCAGCCUUUCCCCAGAGCACAUUGGACUUCCUUGUGGCUGCCUUAAGGGAACAGAGGGAGUCAAAUCUACCCCUUCUGCAGACCCUACCACCAGCUCCACUGAGCUCACCUCUGCCAAGCACCUCACCAGAGGUAGUGCAGACGGUGGGUGCUACACUUCCAAGCAGCCCCCAGCUGGUAGCCCUACACCCCUCAGAGGCCUACAGGGACAGGUCUUCCAUGAUCAUAACUGUGGUGGGGGUAAUAGUGGCUCUUUUGGGUGUUGGGCUGGGCUUUUUAAAACUCAUAUGAAUCACACACAUAAGCGACAUACAACAGGCAUUAUAAAGACUUUUUAAAGUUCUUUACUAGCAAAGUUGAAAAUAUCAUGUCUGAUUUCUAUUUCUAGGGCAAAGCCCUGUCAGCUACUGUAGCCUUUGAAUGUUUUAAACUGAUCUUAUUUUCCGAUCUCU